AUGCAGAGCAAGAGCCUGAGGCAUGGGUACAGCGACAGAUCGGCGGCGAGCCUGCUCCCGAUCUUGCAAUCCAUCUCUACGACCACCUCACUCAAGAAAACCAAUCUGACCCUCCUCAGCUCAGGAAUGCCAAAAGAAAUGUGUGGCUUGUCGCAUUUAGCCAGUUGCGAGAAACGUACGAGUCCAGUUUGGGCCGAGGUGCGUUGUUUAAUCACAUCCUCAACAAGAAGCAGCCCGAAGACAAAAAAAAUUGUGGACGUGAUUGUAGUGCCUUGGCGAAGGCAGGGGAGCGGUUACAGUCUAUUUUGGCGCAUGUGGGAGGUUCUGGAGCACUAA